CUCGUCUCUUGACUACUGUUGGUGACUUCUGACUGCCUGACCCGAAGUCUGAACUCACCUAGGAGACAAAUCCGGAAAGGAAACUCUGUGAUGAAGAUGGGCAGAUGAAGACCCCCGACGCGGCUGCCCCGGCUCUGCUCCCUGGACAGGACACAGCGUGGGGCUGAGCAGCUGCGCCGUGUGGGACAAUGACAUCGGCCGGCAGUGGGGGCCCCUCGGAGAGCAUCUUGGAGCUGGACUAUGCCUCCUGGAAGAUCCGCUCGACGCUGGUGGUCGCGGGCUUUGUCUUCUACCUGGGCGUCUUCGUGGUCUGCCACCAGCUGUCCUCUUCCCUGAACGCCACCUACCGUUCUCUGGCAGCCAGAGAGAAGGUCUUCUGGGACCUGGCGGCCACACGUGCCGUCUUUGGUGUCCAGAGCACGGCCGCGGGCCUGUGGGCUCUGCUGGGGGACCCAGUGCUCCAGGCGGACAAAGCGCUCGGCCAGCAGGACUGGUGCUGGUUUCACAUCACAACCGCGACCGGCUUCUUUUUCUUUGAAAACGUCGCCGUUCACCUGUCCAACCUGUUCUUCCGGACCUUCGACGUGUUCCUGGUUGUCCACCAUCUCUUUGCCUUCCUGGGGUUUCUCGGCUUGGUGACCAACCUUGGAGCUGGCCACUACCUGGCCAUGACCACGCUGCUCCUGGAGAUGAGCACCCCCUUCACAUGCACUUCCUGGAUGCUCUUAAAGGCCGGCUGGUCGGACUCCCUGUUCUGGAAGCUCAAUCAGUGGCUGAUGAUCCACAUGUUCCACUGCCGCAUGGUGCUCACCUACCACAUGUGGUGGGUGUGCUUCUGGCACUGGGAUGGCCUCGUGGGCAGCCUCUACCUGCCCCACUUCGCGCUCUUCCUCGUGGGGCUGGCCCUGCUCACGCUCGUCCUGAAUCCGUACUGGACCCACAAGAAAACGCAGCAGCUCCUCAACCCGGUGGACUGGAACUUCGCACAGCCGGCAGCCAAGAGCAGCCGCCCAGAAAGGGCCAACGGCCAGGUGCUGCAGAAGAAGAGGCCAUAGCUGCCCGCGCGGGGCGGCCGGGACCCCUGCGGACGAGGGCGCGCGGGCUCUGGGGAGCUCUGCCCGCGAGGACCCCAGCAGCCUAUGGAGCCAUGGACACCGUCUGGUUCUGCGUGGACACUAACUUGUCUGGUUCUACGUGAACACUAACUUGCUGUUUGUAGCAUUAACACUGAGUAGCCGCAGUGUCUUCAGGAGCUCGAUCCUGACUGUGGGCUGGCGUGCGAGCUUGGCCCGCAUUGGACACAUUUGGCAUUAAUGAGGGCUGUGCGUGGGACGUGGUGCUGUGGUGGCUGCUGGGGGAGCCGUGUUUGAUGCUCACGUGGCAAGUGCCAUGGAGCACUCGGUCUCAUGUGCACAUCUUGUGCUUUGAGACGCCAUACGCUUCUCAGUUGGAAAGAAUUAACCCAAGGAAAUAAUACAGCUUGUUACCCUUAGCAAAAUUCCCGUGUCCAGAAGCUGAAAACCGUUUGUAGAACAGCGCCAUCUGGUGGCAAAUGGUAUGAAGACAUCUUGGGGUAACUGCCCUCCUGAGGGAGCCUUGAGACCCCACUUCCCUGCCUUGACGUAGGGUGGGGGGCGUCCUGAGAGCAGAGCCCCCCACUUCCCCUGCCCUGCCCUGACAUGGGGUGGGGGUCCUGUGUUAGCACAGCCACCCCACACCCCCUGCCCUGAUAUGGGGGUGGGGUGGGGGUCCUGUGAUAGCACAGCCCCCCACUUCCCUGCCCUGAUGUGGGGGUGGGGUGGGGGUCCUGUGAUAGCACAGCCCCCCCACUUCCCUGCCCUGAUGUGGGGGUGGGGUGGAGGUCCUGUGAUAGCACAGCCCCCCACAUGCCUGCCCUGAUAUGGGGUGGAGUAGGGAUCCUGUGAGAGCAGAGCCCCCCACUUCCCCUGCCCUUACAUGGGGGUGGGGUGGGGGGGUCCUAUGGACACCCCCUUGCCCUGGUUGAAAUGAAGUCUUGUAAGUUUUUUUCUAAUUAAGGACCCUACUCUGAAAUAUGAAUUAUUUAUUUAUGCCAUGCUAUUCAGUUGGCAGCAAGGCCGGUGGCUAGCGGUCAGGUGCGUAGCUCUGGGAGCUGCGUUGACCUGCUCACCCCCAGUUCUGUUCCUCUGUGGGUCUCCAGACGACUUUCCCUAUAAGCCUGCAGCCUCCCUGGCCACCCAGAGAGGCCACAGCCACCCCGUGCUCCCCUGCCUGGCGACGGUGGGGCCCAGGAGGAGUUUGUACAGCAGCCUUGCACUGUUAUCCAUGGCACGCGGGAGUUCUGUGUGCCGUGUGUGUGCGAUGGGAACGCACCUGUGAGGUGUCUGCAGAGGGCACCACGCGUGGCCGUACUCGUGGACUGUGGGCCCUCGGAGGAGGCUGUCUCACUGCUGGACUCUUGACUGCUGAUAACGUUUAGGUCAAGAUUGACGUUACCUGCGGAUCUCAUUUUAAACCUGCUGGGACUGUGAACCCCGCCCCUGGCGCCGGAUGGCUCUCGUGCAGUGUCGCCCUCCACGUGGGGUCAGCGAGAGCCGUGUCUUCUCGGCCAGCUGAAGUUUAAUAAAGUACCUGCUGUGU